AACGGUGAAAGAGGAAUAAUGGCUUUCAUAGGAUGGCAGGGCACAGGUGUAUGUGUGAUUUUUCAUAUGAUGAUAAUACAUUAUAGGCCUAGUGUAUGUGGGGAUACAAGUUCCAUAGUUAUUCCCUUUACAGUCCCUGUGAAUACAUUCAUAACGAAGCUUUCCACUAGCCAUGCUGAAUUCAACACCGAUGAAAAGCUAGCCAAAUCACUCUUCCAUAUCUCUGAGGAUGGAAAAUUAACAACGAAAAAGGAAUUGUUUCCACAUGUCGGAAGAUCAUUUUCACUCAUUCUGUCAAAUGAUUUCCAUGAGUACCCAUUCAUUGACAUUUUAUAUUUAAACAUUGGCCCCUCAUGGGAACUAAAAGCAUUUUCCAGUCAGACUUUUUAUGGCAUGAUUCAAGAAAAUCUGCCACCUGAUUCAGAAGUGAAAUGGAAGGAAAAUAUUCAUCUAAAUUUUAAUGCAGUUAAAUACAUAUUAGAACCUUCAAAUGAAAAAUUUAUAGUGAACAUUACAACUGAUUCCACAGCUAUCUCUCAAGUGAAAAUUGUGACUACAAGUGAAUUAGAUCGUGAAAGUGCGAGUGAACACAUUUACAUUUUGAAAGCUUGGCUAAAUGAUACUGUAUACACAUCUACCAUUUUAAAAAUCAAAGUUCUUGAUAUCAAUGACUGCAUUCCAAAAUUUUCUCAGAAAAUUUAUAAAAGUACAAUUUUUGAUGAUAGUAUAUAUGCACCUAGUACUAAUGUAUUGAAAGUUUCUGCAUUUGACCAAGAUGUAGAAGAUCAAAUAAUUUACAGUCUAAGUGGUACAACAGCCUUCGCCAUUCAUCCAAAUUCAGGUUAUUUGACGGCAAAAGCAGUACGUCCAGGAAACUAUAACUUCAAAGUCUAUGCAACAGAUACCAGUGGAAAACAAUCAAAUGCAUUAGUAUCUAUUCGCAUCCUCCCAAGUACUUUAAAGUUUAGACCAUUCCAUCAAAUUUCCAAACGACAAGCAAAAUUCAUGACUGUGGAAAAAACUUAUGUUGUUCUAGAAAAUCAAACAGCUGGAACUGUUGUCUUCAGUGUUGCCUCCAAACCAGCAGCGCCACCAGGAACUGAGUUUUAUUCCAUUCUUUAUGACUCAAUUCAGGCUUUUCAGGUGGACACCAGGGGGAAUGUCUACCUGAAGAGUGGGCACAUCCUGGAUUAUGAAAAUCCCCAACACAGAAAUGUGACAGUUCGCUUCAACAUCACCUCUUCUCUCUCCCAAGAAUACCAGAUAUGGACUGUACAUUUGAAUGUGACAGAUGUAAAUGACGAAAAGCCGAGAUUUGUAAACCAGCCUCACCCGUUCUUAGCCACUGUACCUGUCAAUCCCAGAAUUGGAGAACUUGUAUAUGAACUCCUAGCAACAGAUCCUGACACAAACUCUGAUAUACAGUAUAAUCUUGUGUCUGGGGGAGAAGGGAAAUUCACAAUAGAGCACAUAGACAGGGGCAUUGGUCGACUUGGUCGUAUUGUAACAACAGUUAAUGGAAAUGGACAGUUCAUACCAGGUCAGGAGUAUGAACUUGUGGUCUCGGCUCAGGACCUGGGGUCUCCCAUCAUACAGAAGUCUAACUUUGAAGUUGUCCGCGUCUUGGUGGGGUCCAGACCCCCUCAGUUUUACAGCUUUUACAAACCUUAUGUGGCUUUCAUCACAGAAAACAACCAACCAGGAUACAAGUUGCAGUCAGAGGGAACAACUCUUAUUGUCCAAGCCAAGGCUUUCCAGUCCAAGUCUGACAAGGGAGCUGUGGAGUACCAGCUUACAGACAACUAUGGCUACAUUAGCUCUGUAUUCUCUAUCAACUCUGAAGGAGAGAUUGAGGCCUUACAGAGUCUGGACUAUGAGACUUCACCUCACACUUAUACCCUCAAACUUAUAGGUACAGAAAAGUCCACAGGGCUCAGUAAUGCCACCCAGCUGAUUGUUCACCUUGAGGAUGACAAUGAUAAUGCUCCAGUGUUUGAAUUAUCUACCUAUACCAAUGUCACAAGUGAGGGCACACCAGUUAACUCAGUCCUGUUUUCAGUGACAGCAACAGACAAAGACUCCGGAUCUAAUGCUGAGCUGACAUACACAGUCAGUGAUGAUAGUUUUGUCAUAGAAACCAGAAAUGUCAAUGGAAAAUACAUCGGAGAUAUAAAAGUGGCAAAGAGAUUAGAUUAUGACAGUCGAGCUGAUCGCCAGUACAAGUUUGAUGUCAGGGCCACAGACCAUGGUAACAAGUCCUUCUCUGGACUAGCCAGUGUUGUAUUGUAUGUGACCAAUAUUAAUGAUGAGGCUCCUGUUUUCAGUGAGGAGAAGGACAACAUUGUGGCUAAGAUUAGGGAGGAUCAGAAGGCGGGGAGUUACGUCACAACUGUACAAGCAGUGGACCCAGAUGGGGACAACAUUGAAUACUACUUUUCUCCAAAGCAUCAAAUAUCAAAAAACUCCUUGUUCCGAAUUGAGCCACACUCUGGAAUAAUCACCCUGACCAAUACUAUUCCUCCUAGCAUUCCAAGCUACAUCUUGAAUGUGACAGCGUAUGAUGAUGGAAGUUGUUGUGGGGGCUAUCCUCGUCUUAGUAGUAGUUCCUUUGUCAUCAUUAAGAUUAUGGACAUUAACAACAAUAAUCCCACAUUUCCCAGCUGUAAUUAUGCACCAUCAGUGUUGGAAAAUCAGCCACCAGGAACUAGAGUUGUUGAUGUCUUGGCAACAGACCCUGACAGAGGAGAUAACGGUAAAAUUACUUACUCUGUUGUAACUCCAAACAACCAAGAAAAAAACUUUGAGGUCAACUCAGAAAAUGGCACUGUGGUUACCAAACGCAUGUUUGACCGUGAAAGUGAAGCUGGUGUCCGUGGUUACUCGGUCACUAUCAAAGCAGAGGAUCAUGGGGAAUCUCAGCAGCUUAACACGCUUUGUACUUUCUGGGUGAGAAUUCUGGAUAUUAAUGACAACCCUCCAAUGUUUGAUACAGAGUCUUACAUGCAGAUUGUGGUCAGGAGUACCAGUGUCAACAAGAGAAUCAUGGGAGUUUUGGCUGUGGACAAAGACAAAGAAGUGAAUGCAGAAGUGCAAUACUCUCUAGUGGAUAACCCUGGGGACUAUUUCAGGGUGGACACUGAUACUGGGGGACUUUAUCUGCAGAAACCCCUAACAUCUGUUCCACUUUACCAAGAAAAAAUCAUUCUGAGAAUAAUGGCCAAGGAUAAGGGAAUCCCCCCUCUAUCAUCCAAUGCUACCAUAACUAUAACCUUGACAACAGGAAACCAGAACCCUCCUACUUGGAACGACAACUAUGAGGGUCAGACAUACACAGUGAAUGAAACCUCGCAAAUUGGUUUUCCGAUAGCCACAUUCAGUGCCACCUCCCAUGUGGAUCCCCCACUGGAUGGAGUUAGUUUUGCUUUAGUUGAUUCCAAUGGGAACUCUCAGCAGACAGUGGAAAACUUCCGUGUAGAUUCCCAAGACAAGACAAUGAAGCUGAAGGUGGCUAAUCCACUUGAUGUCAGUGUGAAGAGUCUGUAUACUCUUAGACUGAGAGUGACAAACCAAGGACUUACACCUCUGUCUGAUGAGAUAAGGAUCACUGUGAAGGUCCUAGACAUGAACAACAAACAGCCACAGUUUGAAGGAUUGGACCCCACCCUGAGUAAUUCCUACAGAGGCAGUGUUCCAGAAAAUGAGGAACCAGGGCAGUCUGUCAUCACAGUCAAAGCUGUUGAUCCUGAUCUCCAGGCACCAAAUAAUGUGGUGAGCUACAGUCUAGUGCCUGAUAGAUAUGAUGCCUUCAAGAAAUUCCAGAUAGACCCCCUUAGUGGUUUAAUCUCCACAAACUACACCUUUGAUAGAGAAACCAUGAAAGUGUAUUAUAUUACUGUAAUGGCACAAGAUGGAAGGGCCUCAGACAUUCCUUAUCAUGAGCCCAGAGGGACACCUAACUCUGCCACUACACAAGUGAUGGUGACAAUUGCUGAUAAGAAUGACAACACCCCUUACUUUGAGAAGUUGUUAUAUGAGAAGGACGUCCAUGAACAGCCUGCAGAUAGCAGUAAAUCUAUCCUGACAGUCAGGGCAAUGGACAUUGAUGAUGCUGACACCCUCACCUACACAAUAACAAGUGGAAACACAGGCAAUGUCUUUGGCAUCAAGUCCAAGACGGGGGAUAUCUAUGUUGCCAAAGAUUUAGAUUUUGAAACUCCACCAAAUCUGUACAAGCUGAAUGUCACUGUCAGUGAUGGCUACCAUAGCAACUACACAGAAGUAAAGGUCAGGGUGAAAGACAUCAAUGACAAUGCACCAGAAUUUUCUCAGUCUGAGUAUAUUGUCACCAGUGUAGUGGAGGAACAGCAACCACCUACUGAGGGAUUAUUUCUUAUAAAGGUUAGUGCAACAGAUAAGGAUACCUCUAGGCAAACCAACUUUAGAUAUAGUCUGAAUACUGAGUAUCAGGAUACAUUUCAAAUUCAUCCAACAACAGGAGUGAUAACGCUACACAAAUCUCUGGACCGAGACCUCCCUUAUGGCCAUGCAGAGUACCAGUUUAAUGUGCUGGUUGUUGAUGAGCCCAACACCGAAGGUGCACUGGUGGGGUAUGCUUAUGUCAAGGUCAAACCCCAAGACAUCAAUGACAAAGUUCCAGAGUUUACUCGUGACCUUACUGGAUUUGUUCCAGAAAAUUCUGAAAAGGGUAAAAUUGUGAUGACAGUAAGAGCCAUAGAUUAUGACUUGGGAGAAAAUGGCACAGUAUACUACACACUGGGGAAUAAUAGGCCAGCAGAUCCAAAAACAGGGGACAGUUUGUUUGUGAUAGACAGCAUCACAGGACUGGUCAGAUCCAACACAAACACCCUAGACAGAGAAAAGGUGGACCAGUACAUACUGCCUGUCAUAGCCACAGACCGAGGAAAAGUUCCGCUCAGCAGCACCGCCUCUCUCACAAUUCAAAUCACAGACAAAAAUGAUGAAAGGCCAAGGUUCAACAAAAAGAUUUACAGAGCCACCCUGCCGGAGAGCCAGACUUCAGGGUUGAUAAUCACAGUGGCUGCCACUGAUGACGAUAUUGGGAACAAUUCUAAAAUUACUUACUCCCUGAAAAGUGAUCUCAACUUCUUCUCCAUCAGUAGCCUGCCUUCCAAUAAAGGGGCCCUCAAUGUCUAUAAACCUGUGGAUUAUGAGGACCCCAAACAGCGGUUCUUCAAUCUUACCAUCCGUGCCAGAGAUAAUAACCCCCUCCAUUAUGACGAGGCUUACAUAGAAAUCACAGUCACAGAUGCCAAUGAUGAAGCACCUAGGUUUACAGAGCCAGUUAAAACUGACCAUUUUCCUGAGAAUAUUCCAGAGAAAUUCCUGCUCUACACCUUCACAGCCACUGAUAAUGAUAGCUAUCCCAAUAAUGAGUUCUUUUUUCAAAUUCGAGAGCAUUCAGACAGAUUUUAUGUGGAACAGGAAGGCAAUCUAGCCCAUGUAAAAAUUCAAGCAGGUUUGGAUGGUCAAACACUGGACAGAGAAACAAAAGACCAGUACAACAUCCAGGUCUUGGCUAUUGACAAAGGCAGUCCACCAAAGACAGGUUCUGCCACUUUAAGGAUAAAGGUCACAGAUAUUAAUGAUAAUCCUCCAACCUUUGCUGAGAACUACCGACCCAUUGUGAUGGAGGAGACUGAUCCCAUUGUAACAGUGGGAACUUUCAGUGCUAUGGACCCAGACACUCUUAAUUAUGGUCCUCCAUUUGUUUUUGAGCUUCCACCAUGUGAAGAGAACCCUACUUGUCAUAAUGGGGAUCAGAACUUUUCUCUCAUUUAUGAUCCAAAUGGUGCAAAGGGAAAUGGAACUUGUACAGUAUUUGCAAACAAAAGAUUCCUUCGAGAGCAAAAGAAGUUUUACCACCUGCCCAUCAUCAUGAAGGACAUGGGUGGGAGGGGCAAGCAUAUGAGUGGCACCAGUACACUCACUAUUGAGAUUGGAGAUAAAAAUAAUAAUCAGCAUGUGGAUGGGUUCAAGGAAAUCUUUGUGUACAACUACAGAGGUAUGUUUGGAGAUGUUGAAAUUGGGCGAGCUAAUGCGAACGACCCUGAUGACUGGGAUUAUGUAGAUAAACACUACACCAUGAUCAGUCGAAAUGGGAUGGAAAAAUUCUUCAAUGUCAGUAAAAUAAAUGGGACCAUUACAAUGAAGAGAGGAGUUCCUGCUGGUAUAUUUGAAUUCAAAGUGGAAGUUCAUGAUUUUAAAGUGUUUACGAAGAUAAAUGCUACAGCCACUAUUAAGGUCGUUAUCAAGGAGAUAUCGGAGGAGGCAGUAUAUAAGUCAGGAUCUGUCAGACUAGCAGGAAUUACAGCUGAGGAGUUUGUUGAAAUACCUAAUGACAUGUCAGGCCAGAGUCAUUAUGAUAAAUUCCGCAAACUUCUGGCUGAGAAGUUGAGGGUGGCCAUUUCCUAUGUUGAGAUCUUUAGUGUGAUGAAGAAUGGUCCAUAUGUUGAUGUUAGAUAUGCAGCACAUGGGUCUCCAUGGUAUCCAGCCAACAAACUGGAUGGCAUCAUAGCCACAAAUAAAGAUCAGUUUGCUGCUGCAGCUGGAGGCCAAAUUGUUAUGGUCAACAUUGAUGAAUGCCAGAAGGAGAUCUGUGAAAGUGGGGGAUGCUCCAAUGUUCUAGUGGUGGAUGAGAGGAAACCUAGUGUGGUUAACACUAAGACCCAGUCAUUUGUGGGGCUGGGGACCAAGGUAGUAGCAGAGUGUCAAUGUAAAGCCAGGGACUUCUCAAGGCCUCUGAAGUGCACUCCAGACUUCUGCUUUAAUGGAGGGACCUGUGUUGAGGACAACUGGGGGGAUGUAAAGUGUGAAUGUCUCCCAAUGUUUGAUGGAUUCCGUUGUCAGCAGACAACACACAGUUUCUCUGGAGGAUACACACUGUACCCUCCCCUGGCUCAGUGUGAGGAAAGCAUCACCAGUAUAGAAUUUGCCACUCUGAAGGAAAGUGGACUCAUCUUCUACAAUGGCCCAGUAGACAAGAUGAGAAAGGGAGACCCCCAGGAUUUCAUUGCAUUAUCACUGAUUCAGGGUUAUCUUGAAUUGAUUGUCAAUCAUGGCACAGGAGCUGUCAGUUUGAGAGUGAUGGGUAAAGACAGAGGGGGAAUUACCAGAAUGCCAGUCUUGAAUGAUGGUGCAUGGCAUCACCUCAACAUCAUCCGGAAAGGAAGGGAAGUUACCCUGACAGUGGACCACUGUAGAAAUGCUCAGUUUGAUACCCAUAGUGAAAGCAGAGAAGACCGACGACCUUGUGAGGUCACGGGGUCAACAUCAGGUCAAAAUAAGUACCUAAAUGUCAACCAUAUGCUUCAGAUGGGAGGACGGUAUACCACACCUGAUUUUCCUCAGGGAAUCACUCAAGAAAGAUUUGAGGGUUGCAUCAGAAAUUUGUAUCACAAUGGAGAGCUGUAUGACUUGUAUACCAGUUUAAAUCACCCUGGAGAGAAUCAUGGGAAUGGCUGUCCUGCAGAGGAAUCAGCCUGUAGCAGCCUGAGCGGUAAGAGAUGUGGUGACCACGGAACCUGUCAGAUGAUAACCCUUGGGGACUCUGAGGUGGAGUGUGUCUGUAAACCAGGGUAUCGUCCAUCAAAGUCCAAUUCUCCCAAAUGUACUCGAGAGACGACAAUCAGAAACUAUACAGAGAAAGCAUACAUGACAUGGAGUCUGAAAGAUAACUUCUUCAAUAUGCUAAGAAAGGAUAAGUUAGACAUCCACAUUAAAUUCCGGACCCGGGAUCUUGAUGGAGGAGUACUUCUUCAUUUGCCAUCAAACUCACAUGAAUACAUAUCAGUGCAGAUCAUCAAUGGCCAUGUUGCUGUCAUAUACAAUUUGAAGGAUUAUGAUAAUUCUUUUUCGGAAAAUAUAAUUUCCCUCUCUGAGGCCCCAGCAGCUAAUGGCCAAUGGCACAGUCUUUCUGUGAAAAGGAUUGGGAGAUGGUUUCAGCUGAAGAUGGACAGUGGAGAAGGGAGGUACUACAAUGAAACAUGGGGAUCAAUACAGGAUAGUCAAUUCUUUGACCUCAAGAGGGAUCACAUAGUUUCAGGGUCAAUGGUGAAGUUUUACCCUAUUGCAGAUUUCCAUAGCAAAGAUCUUAGAGAGACUUGUGUUACUGACAUCAGGAUUAACAAUAAGUGGUUCCCAAUGAUGAUUGAGGAGAAUAGCCAGAGUGAUGCAGCAGAGGUGGAACUAAUAUCUGGGGUCAACAUGGGUUGUGUACGUGAUGAUUGUGCCCAGGCCCGCUGUCACACCUUAGGACAGACAAUCAAACAAGUCUGUGUUCCUCUUUGGGGAACUCAUGACUGCAGGUGCCCUCCUGGCAGUGAGCCUGGGGUAGGUAGCACAUGUCUGGCAAUGGAUCAUUGUCAAGGAAUUAAUCCUUGUAAAGCAGGAGGUACUUGUAUUAACCUGCCUUUCCCUGGGACUUUCCGUUGUCUCUGCCCUAAAGGUUGGAUUGGCCCCACAUGUAACCAGCAAGCUAGUGCCGUGGAGGAGGUGGUAUCAGCAGGGGGCAUCAAGAUGGAAGUCCUCGUCAUCAUCAUCGUUAGUCUGAUAGCUGUCACUUUAAUUGCAUUCCUGGUGUUUCUACUGUGGCGGUCACUCAGUAAGCGAGACAAGCGCAAGUCUAUCCUUUAUGAUGACCAGUAUGAUGACAUCAGGGAGAAUGUGGUCAACCAUGAUGAAGAAGGGGCAGGUGAAGAAGAUCAAACCUGUUAUGACAUCACAAGGCUAAGGAAACCUGAUUCUAGUUUUGAUAGAGGAUAUUACUAUUCAACAUUAUCAGCAAAAUAUAGAAAAGGUGUACCAUUAGAUAGUCCAGAGGUUGCUGCUUUUAUUUCCGACCGUGUCCAGGAUGUGAAUGAAGACCCUGCUGGACCUCCCCAUGAUAAUGUGAUGGUGUUCUCAUAUGAAGGAGGAAGCAGCACUGCAGGCUCUCUGAGCUCACUCAACACAAACAGUAGUGAUAACGAUCAAGACUAUGAUUACCUGAAUGAUUGGGGACCAAAGUUCUCUAGUCUUGCUGUCAUGUACAAAGGGGAUGAAGUUGAAUGAGAGUAAUUAAUAGGGAUUUUAAUGAAUAUUUUUGUAAUUUCUCUUGUGUACCAAAGAUUCAUGUUCCAUGUGUGCACUAGUCAAGAGACAUGACUGUCUGAUUUCAUAUACAUUUGUCCAAAUAUCCAGUUUUACAGUUUGAGAGAUUUUUUUUGGUCAUUGUUUAUAAUGUAGUGAUGAAAACUUGCAGAUGCAAAAUUUGCUCUAACAAUAUGGAUAUGCAAUAUGAUUUUAAAAAAUGUCGAUUGUUUUUGUCUGAGAAGUCUUGAAAUUGGUACUGUGAAGGUGGUUAUGCAGUCAAAGUUAUAGUCUUGCUCAUUGCAUUAAGCACAGUUGAUCAGCAUUAAAGUUUUUAUAGUCUAUUUUCACACUAGUCUGUUGAAGGUUGUGAGAUCUGCUCCCUCAUAUUUAGAAUAUCAAAAAACGUUUACAUCACUACGCAAAUAAUUAAUCUCAUACAGUGUAUCAUUGUUUGUUUUUUUUCCCACCAAACAACUGUGCCAAAAUCAUAGUAGCUGAUUUUGAAGAAAACCUCUCAUAUAUAUGAAACUUUGCUUCUAUUUGAGGGAUCAGUGAAUAUUUAGAAUUUUGUGAUUAGAUGCACAUUGAUGAAAUAAUAAUGUAGGUUUAAGGCAAAUCAGGUUAAAUUAUUUGAAAACAUUCCAGUAUAUGUCCAAAUGUUUAAGAUACUGUAGUGUUAAUUUAUUUUUUGUUUCAAUGUCAAGAGCUACAUGUAUUUGUUGUCAGUUUGCACAUUGUCAAGUCAUUCACAACUCUUGACUAUGUUAAAAAGAUAAGUCAGUUUUGGGAUCUGUGAGCAUUUUGCAUACUUGUCCAUUCUAAGUCUUGAAUACAACAUGUGUACACAAAACACAAACUUCCUGUAUUUAGGGCAUUGUCUUGGACUGAUUACCAAUAUAAAUGAUAAUCUUAUAAGAACUUUAGUUUUCUGUCACCAAAGCAUCAUUAUAACCAAAUACCACCCAGCAAUGUUUGAAAAAAAAGAAACACUGCUGGUCAAGAGUGUAAUUUUUAAUAUGUAAUGACAUAUCAAGUGAAGAUGAAUUUGAUUGUCAUGUAUAACAGUUGUCCUGUGUAAGGACAUUUAAAAUACUUGAUAGUACUAAAGUGAUUGCUAAAAUAUAUAAAAUGUGUUUGCUGUAUUUUUAGUGCAAAGAAUGUUGUCAUUGCUAUUUUAAAUGAAUGUUCAGUAUUAAAACUUGGUCAAUGUCAAGUUAGUUUUAUCUGCAUGUAUUUAUACAUGUACAUGUCUAUUUGAAGCCAUUUUUCCAUGUAAAAGUUGUGUCAUUUUAGAAAUUUUGAAUCCAUAUCCUUUCAAUUUGAAUGAUGUUUCUGUGGUGUCAGUGUUGUAUGCAUGUUAAUAUGACAAUGUGUGAAGAAAAAAUAUAAUGAUUAAUAGAUGUUAUCUUCAUGUGAGGUCUUACUGUAACACUCAUGUACAUAUUUACAUGUGAACAAAAUGUUUCUGUAUUAUUUGCGUGUAAAACUGCAUUUGCCUGAGCAUUUCACUUCAGCAAGAGUAUUUCACUUCAGCAAGGUGCUUUAAAUAUAUGUAGGUGCAAUUUUCUAUAUGCCAGUUUUCUUUGCCAGUUGUGUAAUAAGUAUGUGUUGAGUCAAAAAUGGUUGUGAGUUGGAUAUUUUUGAAAUUUUGCUUUAAUAGUUUACAUAUGUUUUUUCCCCCUGAUUUUCAUUUUAGUUUUAGUUUCUUAUUUUUGCAUGACAGGUUUUUUUUCUGUCCCUCUCUAUUGUUAUCAUUGUUAUUUGAUCUUUGAAUAACUUGCAAAUGUCCCUCUAUACACUGAAGGAAAAGGGUUUUUUUGACAUUGAAAAAAUUAUAAUGUGUAAAGGUGUAAAUAUUGAGCUUAUCUCUUACAUUUUCAGCAUAGGGUACCUGGCAUUUACCACCAGGAAAAACUGUUGUUUACUUAGGUGGGCAAAAUAAUAUAAUUGCAAAUGAAGUGUUAAAUCUAUUCACCUUGACUUGUUUUUUUAAAAAAAAUGUUAUGAAUGCUUGAGUUGAUUACAAAUUAAGUACAUGUAUAAUACACUGUAUAUUUCAACAUAUCUUAUUCUAGGUCAAAGGGCAGAUUACUCUAUUUGCAUAAAAAUACCACAAAAUCGGAAUUCUUUGUGAAGUGUAUAGAGGGCUCUUAAUCAAACAAAAAACAAAUUAAACAAAACAAAACUGUAUUUCUUUUUACAUUGACGAGCAGGGUACUAUGAGAUUAAAAAGUGAAUGUAAUAACGGUUGUCAUAUGAUUUUUUUUUACUUAUUUUUGGGGGCACUGUUGUUAUUUUUGUGCAAUAGUUUCCUUGUCUCUUUAUUUUAUUGUUACACUUCUUUUUAGUUGUAAUGGCCUUACAGCUUUAGUAGUUUAAUUACGUAUUCAGAUUAUAGUGUUGUGAAAAAUUAGUUUUUACCAUGUUUAUCACCAUCUUUAAUAUUUUUUAAUGAAGAUCUAAUUAAAAGAAAUG